UGAAGGUCUGUGUUUGGAUAAUAAAAGGAAAGUGAGUCAAGCGCUCAGGCUUACAUGUUGACUUUCAUUGGGUCACAUUCCCAGAAAGUAGAAGACAUAAGGGUAGCUUGACAACUCGAUUGGUUUACAGGCAUAUCGCGGCAGAAGCUUUUACUGAAUUUGCUUGAGUGAAACAGUCUGUACGCUUUUACCUCCUUCUGCCCCGCUCCCUCCUCCAGUGUAACAAGUCCCUGCUUUAAGUUUGCAAGCUCCUUCUGGAAAGUAGUUUUUGAAUUCCCCCUUUGUAUCUCGUUUUUUUAAAUACCCUAACCCUGGAUAUCCGCGCGCCUCUUCUGUAAUGAUGGUCUCUGAGAAACAGAAUUUGCGGAUCCCCGUUCGUAAUAACGAAUUAUUUCGAGCCAUGGCUGUGAUCUGAAGGUCCUUCUCGUCUGCUGGGAUUUCGUUACCGAGGCAAAGACGGAGUUGACCCCCCCACCAUGGCAGAGAAGUGUGAUUACAUCGCUAAUAUGUACGGUUAUGACCUCGGUUGCCGCUUCGUCAACUUCAGACCGUUGGGCUUGGGCGUCAACGGGCUUGUCCUGUCGGCGGUUGACAGCAAAAGCAGCCGGAAAGUGGCCGUGAAGAAGAUCGCCAUCAAUGAUGCGCAGAGCCUGAAGCACGCUUUCCGCGAGAUCAAGAUAAUCCGCCGGCUGGACCACGACAACAUCGUGAAGGUCUACGAGGUGUUGGGGCCUAAAGGAGCAGACAUUCAGGGAGACUUGUUCAAGUUUAAUACGGUGUACGUUGUCCAGGAGUAUAUGGAGACUGACCUGGCCCGACUCUUAGAGCAGGGGCCGCUGUCGGAAGAACACGCCAAGCUCUUUAUGUACCAGUUGCUCAGGGGGUUGAAGUACAUCCACUCGGCCAACGUGUUGCACCGCGACUUAAAGCCAGCCAACAUUUUCAUCAACACAGAGGACUUGGUGCUGAAGGUCGGAGACUUCGGAUUGGCGAGAGUUGUGGAUCAGCAUUACUCUCACAAGGGUUACCUGUCGGAAGGCUUAGUGACGAAAUGGUACCGGUCUCCUCGUUUGCUCCUCUCGCCGAACAACUACACCAAAGCAAUUGACAUGUGGGCAGCCGGGUGCAUUCUAGCUGAAAUGCUAACGGGGAAAAUGCUCUUUGCCGGAAGCCAUGAAUUGGAACAGAUGCAGCUCAUUUUGGAAACCAUCCCAGUUUACCGAGAAGAGGACAAGGAGGAGCUGCUCAAAGUGAUGCCGACGUUUGUCAACAGCACCUGGGAAGUGAAGAAACCUUUGCGGAAAUUGCUUCCUGAAGUUGACUCCAAAGCCAUUGAUUUUCUAGAGAAGAUAUUGACGUUCAAUCCCAUGGACCGGCUGACUGCAGAGAUCGGCCUGCAGCAUCCUUACAUGAGCCCGUACUACUGUCCUGAGGACGAGCCGGUUUCACAGCAUCCUUUCCGGAUAGAGGACGAGAUUGACGAUAUUUUGCUCAUGGAAGCCAGCCAAAGCCAGAUGUCCAACUGGGACAGGUAUCAAGUGAGUUUGUCCUCCGAUCUGGAGUGGCGGCACGAGAAGUGCCCCGAUGUGGAGGAGGUGCAGCGGGACCCCCGAGCAGGAUCGGAAUCCAUUGCCGAGGAAGCCCAAGUGGACCCGCGCAAAUAUUCCCAGAGCAGCUCGGAGAGGUUCCUGGAGCAGUCGCAUUCCUCGAUGGACCGAGCGUUCGAGGGGGAUUACGGACGAUCCUGUGAUUACAAAGUGGGGUCUCCGUCCUACUUAGACAAGCUUCUGUGGAGAGACAAUAAGCUCCACCAUUACUCGGAACCCAAGCUUAUCUUGGACUUGUCCCACUGGAAAAGAGCCUCGAUCGCACCCGCAGAGGAGUUAGCUUUGGAAGAGGAACCAUCCAACCUUUUCCUGGAGAUAGCGCAGUGGGUGACGAGUACCCAGACGGGACUCGAAUGCCCCGACCCCCUUCCAGAGAUUCGAGAACGGAGCCUUCCAUCUUCUCCUCAGCACCUCCACAAAGAACCCAAGGAGGUCAACAGCGAGAGCGACCCUCAGUUUGACUUGGACGUCUUCAUUUCCAGGGCGUUAAAACUUUGCACGAAACCAGAGGAUCUGCCGGACAACAAGCUGAAAGAUAUCAAUGGUGCUUGUAUAGCAGAACACCCUAAAGAGAUUGUACAGACAGAGGCGUAUCAUAAAGAGAGGUGGUAGAAGAACUGGGCUUCUGAUCCUCACGGCGUAGCUCUUUACCAGUCCUUCCAAUGACACACCAGGUAUCCAAUGCCGAAUAGCGAUCAAGGUUUGAUCAUGCAGGAAACACAUCAUCUCCUUAUCAGAUACAUUGCAAUGCCUUUAUGUUAAGGGCGAGCACAAACCGAGAACCCUUUUCUUGGCAUCCUAGGAAGUAAAAGGAAUCAAAAGGCCGGAAUGAAAUUUUAGCAGGGUUUUUGCUGCCUUAACAAUCUUGCCUUGUACCU